AUGGAGAACGGUACCGGUCGUAUCAGCACCUUGCGUAGUCUAGUUCGGCCUGUUUCACCAUUGUCUCGUAUGUCCAAGUCACUUUUACCGGGUGAUGACUUGACCCAAGAUACCCCGUCCACUCGCCGUGGGGCUCCAUCUGCACGAAGCCGCAGUCGUUCCCCAAUCCUGGCGUCCGCGGUGCAUUUGGCCAGACCCCGUGCGCUUGACGUGAAUCCGCACAAUCUGGAAGAGGAUGGGGAAACGAGGAGAAUCAUUGUUCGCCGUCCAGAUCUGACAUUGAAUUCCGAUCCGUUAGAUUCUACAGUUUCCGGAUCCGGUUUUGAUAAUACCGGUGGUGGUGGUGGUGGUGGCGGUAGCGGGCGUGGUUUACGUCGUCAAAUUCACUCCCGGGACAUGGACAGCUUACGGCCCGCACCAGUGCCUGUUCCCACCAGUGGAGUGGAUCGUGAGAAAACUUGUCCGAUACUCAUUCGAAUUUCCUACACCACUAACGGUCGUCAUACACCAUUGAGCGAAUACGACAAGGGCAGAUUUCCGCGAAAUAUGCUCUAUGUAAAUACUUGGUAA